GAAUCAUUUAUGAUACUUUUAAUGACCGAUUUAUAGACCUUAGAGCAUUAGAUGCUUAUGAAGAGAGGAUCACUAUUCUUCAAACUGAAAAUAAAGAUUCAAAAGAGCAAUUGGCUAAAAUUCAAAAUGACCUACAAAACAAAGAAAAAGAAUUGGAUGAAUUGAAGAGAGAAGGCCAAAAAGCUUCUGAUAAUCAUCUUUUAAGUUUACAGAAUCUGAAACAAACCUUGGAUGCCGAAGUUAAUAAACUAAAUAAUUUUCUAGACGAUUUAGUUCAAGCUAAAAAACAUAAUGAUUCAUUAAAAGAACAGUUGGUCAAAGUUCAAAAUGACCUACAAAGUAAAGAUGAGGAAUUAAGCAAGCUCAAAAAAGAAAACGAAAAAACUGUACAAGAUUAUAAUUUAUCCUUACAAAGAUUAAGUGAUUCUCGUGAAGACUUGGCUCAAUCUAAAAUCAAUAAUGAGUUACUAAAAGAUCAAUUAAUCAAACUUCAAAAAGACGUACAAACUAAGGAAGAGGAAUUCAAUAAUUUGAAAAAGGCAAAUGAAAAGGCUAAAAACGAUUAUGACUUGGUUUUACAAAGACUAAACGACUCUCAAGAUGACUUGGCUCAAACUAAAAAUGAUACCGAUUUAUUAAAAGAUCAAUUAGUCAAGGUUCAAAAAUCUAGGAAAAUACUAAGAAAUACCGCAAAUGAAAAAGCCUUGAAAUCUAGUAUUUACAAAUUAAAUAACUCUCAAAAGGAAUUAUCUCAUGUUAAAAAAAAUACUCUGAAAUUACAGUUAGAAAAAUCUUUAUUGGAAAAAACUGUUUUUAAUUAUCAAAAGACUUUACAAUCGGUAAAAAUUGAAUUAAAUCGAACAAAAAUUCAACUUGGCAAAAAAGGACUAAACAAUCAAAAUAAAAAACCUGCGGAAGUAGCUAUUU